AUGAAAUGUGAUUUUUGUGAUGAAACUACACCAUUGAUAGGUAAGAAUAUAUGUAUUAUGGAGUUAGAAAUAAUGCGUCAUUCUUUGUUCUUGAAAUACUCACAAUCAUAGAAUUACCAUUACACAAAAGGAAUAACAGAGAUCUUACGUAAUUGUAGAACAAACAAUAACAUUGUCUUUAAAGAUGUUAUAAUGUAUGAUACACCUGAAGAAUUAAUUUGCAAAAUCUAUUAAUCUAAUAUAGUCUAUGAAAAAUUGUAAAUGCUAGGUGAGUAUUACAAAGUACUAUUUUAAUCUUAUUAACAAGUUCCAUAAUGAUAUACCUAGAUUAUUCAUGCUUCCAGCCAUUAUUCCAUUAAACUAUUACCAUGAUAAGAAGAGAAGAUUAGAGUACUUUCGCAUAGCCAAGUUAAUAGCUUAAGAGAACAAAAACAAUCCAGACAAACCACCAAAAGGUAUAGUGGGUGAUUCACCAAUGCCAUAAUCCAGCCACUAAGUGACUGCUUAAGAACCUAGCUCCUCAGACGAAGUAAGACAGAACACCCUCAACUUAGCCGAUGUCUAAAUGCGAGAAGAUCCUUGAUGGCAUAAGUAUCAUUGAGCCAAAACCACAAUUCCUGAACUUCAAGUAAUAGCUCCACCAAUAUAAACUUAUGUAAUCUACCAAUCCUAACUUUAAAUAUGAAAACUACAAACCUCCAUAAGAAUAAUUUAUUUAAUCAAACAACCCAAUCUUAUAACAUCGCAAAUCAAGUAUAACUAGUAUACUUAAUAUGCUCAAGACAUCAAUUCCUAAAACAGUUGCUAAAAAAAAAAAUUAAUCCUUAAAAUCUGAUCAAUUACAUAUUGUAACCUUUCCUAUUUUUUAAACUUAGACUCCUCGGGAUAUCGAAAUUAAAUAUUCAAAUAAUCCUACCUUGUUACCAAAUCAAUAAAAAAUUGCCAGUCUUUUAAAAUCACCUAAAUGUGUUACUCCGAGAGCUCCUUAACAAAGUCCACAUCUACCAAAAAAAGUGUAAUAAUUAGAAUUAAAAGUCAUGUCUGAUUUAUAGACACUUUAAGCUAAAAAAUUAAUUAGAGAUUCAAAGCAAUGUUGCACAGUUCAUUUUGAUAGUUUAUCUAUAGCUUAAGAUCCUCGAAGUCUGACUUAGAGAUAUGAAAUAACAAAUCGUCUGAAGGGAUAAUAAUCUAGAAAAAAACUUAACAUAAAAGAACUAAAUCAAUUUAGAAGAGUGAAAAUUCAAGAACCUCUAUCAAAUAGAGAACCUAAUAGAAAAAUCAAUAUAAAAUCAAAAUCUAAUGAUAAACCAUUAUAAAUAAAUACAAGUGGAGAAUAAAAGCUUGUGUAUUAUCAAUAAACGCAUUCUGCAAGAUAAGUAACAAAUUCUUAAUAAUCAACAAUGUUAAAAUAGAGUAGUGGAUAGUCUUCUUCUUAAUAGAUGCAUCAUCAAAAAUCAUCUACUGCAAAAGGACUAGUAAAAUCUAUGAAGUAAUAAAAUACUUUUGAUUCUUAACUUUAUAAGGUAGCACUUAAUUUGGCAGUAAAAUAAAUUAGAAGCAGGAAAUAAUGAUUGAAUAAAAUAUAUAUAUG